ACAGAGAGAGACAGAGAGAGAGAGAGAGAGAGAGAGAGAGAGAGAGAGACAGAGAGAGAGAGAGAGAGAGAGAGACAGAGAGAGAGAGUGAGGAAAAUGCAGUGAUAGACAUUUUGGAAGCUAGAUCGAGAAAUAGUUUGGCAGAUGACCUCUGUCUAUACAUACACAAAGCUCACAUUUGUAACAUGUCAGUGUCUGACGGAGGAUUUUGGUUUGAUUUGAUUCUUUCUGUAACUUUCGGUGACCUGAGAUGGCGACAUCUGUUCCUGACCUGCUACUGGCUAUUCUAGAGGAGCUGGUAGGAAAAGAUCUGAAGACAUUUCACUGGUACCUGGCUCAGAGUGUACCAGAUGGCUUUCCUCUCAUCCCCAAGGGCCAUCUGGAGAACGCUGACAGGCAGGACACCGUGGAUACGAUGGUGAAAACCUACGGCCACGAUGUAGCUAUGAAGAUCUCACUGGAGAUCCUGAGGAAGAUGAACCAGAAGGACAUCAGCAAGACGUUAACAGUGGAUCAGCAAGAGGCUGAGGUUGAGGUAGCAGCUGCCUCAAUUCGGGUUCCAGACUCUCCUGUCUACAUCACUUGUACAGCUCAGACUGGCGGCCAUGUUGUGGCCCCUUCGCUCUCCGGCUGCCAUAUCGGUGGUCCAGUUCACUUCAACAUCAGAGUCAACUCAUUAGACGAAGAUCCCAUAGUUCCAUCUCAAGCUUCACCUGCUCAUUGUACCAUGUUUCCACCUGAACCUGUGAAUACAGAAGACAAUGAUGAACGAAUCGAGAGUUGUCAAAAGAAACUCAAACACAAUCUGCACAGUAGGUUCGUCAGUGUGUUUGAGGGACUGGCCAGCCACGGGAACAGAAAACUUCUCAACCAGAUCUACACAGAGCUCUACAUCACAGAGGCUGGAAGUACAGAGGUCAAUAGUGAACAUGAGGUGAGACAGAUUGAGACGGCAUCCAGAAGAACAGCCAUACAAGAAACACCAAUCCAAUGCAACGACAUCUUUCAGCCCUUCCUUGAUCAAUCCAUCAGAACUGUGCUGACGAAGGGAGUCGCUGGCAUCGGGAAAACCGUCUCAGUGCAGAAGUUCAUUCUGGACUGGGCAGAUGGAAAAGCCAAUCAAAAUCUCCAGUUGAUAUUCCCUCUUUCAUUUCGAGAGCUGAAUUUGGUCAGAAAGAAAAGAUGCAGUUUGAUCGAACUUCUCAAUGGCUUUUUUACGGAAACAAAAGAAACCGAGAUAUCAAACUACGACAAUUAUCAGGUGCUGUUUGUCUUUGAUGGUCUGGAUGAGUGUCGACUUCCUCUAGACUUCCAGAACAAUGACAUUCUGUUUAAAAUAACUGAGUCAACCUCAGUGGAUGUGCUGCUAACGAACCUCAUCAAGGGGAAUCUGCUUCCCUCCGCUCAACUUUGGGUAACCACCCGACCUGCAGCAGCCAAUCAAAUCCCUCCUGAGUGUGUUGACAAGGUGACAGAGGUAAGAGGGUUCAAUGACCCACAGAAGGAAGAGUACUUCAGAAAUAGAAUCAGCGAUGAGAACCUGGCCAGCAGAAUCAUCACACACAUAAAGACAUCAAGAAGUCUCUACAUCAUGUGCCACAUUCCCGUCUUCUGUUGGAUCUCGGCCAUUGUUCUGGAGAGAAAGCUGGAGAAAGCAGGGAGUGGAGAGAUGCCAAAGACCCUGACUCAGAUGUACUCACACUUCCUGGCUUUUCAGGAGAAAGACAUGGAUCUCAGGCUUCAGGGAAGAGGAACACCUGACCCUGACUGGAUGAGAAAGAGCAUCAUGUCCCUGGGAAAACUGGCUUUCCAACAACUGGAGAAAGGCAACCUGAUCUUCUAUGAGGAAGACCUGAGAGAGUGUGGCAUACACAUCGGACAGGCAUCGGUGUACUCAGGAGUGUGUACUGAGAUCUUCAGUGAGGAACUGACCUUAUGCCAGGGAAAGGUGUUCUGCUUUGUUCAUCUCAGUAUUCAGGAGUUUCUGGCUGCCUUGUAUGUGUUUCUCACAUUCAUCAACGACAACGUGAAUCUAUUAGCCAAACAGCAAUCAUUUCUGAGACGUUUUCCAUUCGGAAAUUCAUCCUCAACCAGCUUCUACAAAGCAGCAGUUGACAAGGCCUUACAGAGUGAGAAUGGACACCUGGACCUAUUCCUUCGCUUCCUUCUGGGCCUCUCACUGGAGUCCAAUCAGAUUCUCCUACGAGGCUUGCUAACUCAGAAAACAAGUAGAUCACAGACCAACAAGGAAUCAGUCAAGUACGUGAAGGAGAAGAUCAAGGAGAAUCCCUCACCAGAGAGAUGCAUCAAUCUGUUCCACUGUCUGAAUGAACUGCAUGACCAUUCUCUAGUGGAGGAGAUCCAAAGCUACCUGGGCUCAGGAACUCUCUCUAGGGCCAAACUCUCACCGGCACAGUGGUCAGCUCUGGUCUUUGUGUUGAUGACUUCAGAAGAGGAGCUGGAUGAGUUUGAACUGAAGAAAUACUCCAGAUCAGAGGAGGGUCUUCUGAGACUGCUGCCAGUGGUCAAAGCCUCCAGAACAGCCCUAUUGAAUCGAUGCAAACUCACAGAGAGAUGCUGUGAAGCGUUGGCCUCAGCACUCAGCUCACACUCCUCACACCAGAGAGAGCUGGACCUGAGUCACAACGACCUACAGGAUUCAGGAGUGAAGCUUCUCUCUGCUGGACUGGCAAGUCCACAGUGUAAACUGGAAAGGUUAAGACUGAGGCGAUGCAAACUCACAGAAAGAUGCUGUGAAGCGUUGGCCUCAGCUCUCAGCUCAAACUCUUCACACAUGAGAGAGCUGGACCUGAGUGACAACAACCUGCAGGAUUCAGGAGUCAUGCUGCUCUCGGCAGGACUGGGCAGUCCGCACUGUAAACUGGAGGUUGUAAGGUUGUCACUUUGUAGUGUCACAGAGGAAGGCUGUGCUUUGCUAGCCUCCUCUCUCAACUCCAACCCCUCACACCUUAGAGAGCUGGACUUGAGCUAUAAUUACCCAGGAGACUCGGGAGUGAAGCUUCUCUCUGCUGUACUGGAAGAUCCACACUGUAAACUUGAGAAACUUAGUGUGGAGUGCUGUGCUGAGUUCAGGAUCAGACCAGGACCACAGAGAUAUGCCUGUGAACUCACACUGGACCCAAACACAGCACACAAAGAGCUCUCGCUGUCUGAGGAGAACAGGAAGGUGACGCGAGGGAAAGAGCAGCCGUUUCCUGAUCACCCAGAGAGAUUUGACUACUGGAGGCAGGUGCUGUGUCGGGAAGGUCUGGAUGGGUGCUGCUAUUGGGAGGCAGAGUGUAGUGGGAGGGCCCUGAUGGGAGUAUCUUACAGAGGGAUCAGCAGGAGAGGAGAGGGACAUGACUGCUGGUUGGGACGAAACGCUGUGUCCUGGAGUCUGAACUGCUCUAAUGACAGUUACACAGCCUGGCACAACGACAAGAGCACUGGCAUAACCACCCCCUCUCUCUCUAACAGAGUAGGAGUGUAUCUGGACUGGCCGGCCGGCACUCUGUCCUUCUACAGUGUCUCCUCUAACACACUGACCCACCUGCACACGUUCCACUCCACGUUCACUGAGCCCCUCUAUCCAGGGUUUAGGCUAGGCUGGGUGGACUCGUCCGUGUCCUUGUGUCAGGUAGAAUAGGCUCCCUGGAGAAACACCUGAGAUUUCAGGGAGAUUUACACUCAUGUAUUUGUGUGUAACAUAGUUUAGAAAGGGAUUAUAUUAAAGGGAUCUUUUACAGUUGCUACAUCUAUUUUUAGACUCUUAAAUGAGUUAUAUAUACCCAAUGAUUAUUGAAGAUUAUAAACCGGGUGGUUCGAGCACUGAAUGCUGAUUGGCAGAAAGCCAUUGUUUAUCAGACUGUAAACCACAGGUAUGACAGAAAAAUACUUGUUUACUGUUCUAAUUACAUUGGUACCAAGUUUAUAAUACCAAUAAGGCACCCGCGGGUCUGUGGUAUAUGACGCAACUCCUCGUUGGUAACAAGUUUAUAAUACCAAUAAGGCACCCUCGGGCCUGUGGUAUAUGACGCAACUCCUCGUUGGUAACAAGUUUAUAAUACCAAUAAGGCACCCGCGGGUCUGUGGUAUAUGACGCAACUCCUCGUUGGUAACAAGUUUAUAAUACCAAUAAGGCACCCUCGGGCCUGUGGUAUAUGACGCAACUCCUCGUUGGUAACAAGUUUAUAAUACCAAUAAGGCACCCUCGGGCCUGUGGUAUAUGACGCAACUCCUCGUUGGUAACAAGUUUAUAAUACCAAUAAGGCACCCUCGGGCCUGUGGUAUAUGACGCAACUCCUCGUUGGUAACAAGUUUAUAAUACCAAUAAGGCACCCUCGGGCCUGUGGUAUAUGACGCAACUCCUCGUUGGUAACAAGUUUAUAAUACCAAUAAGGCACCCUCGGGCCUGUGGUAUAUGACGCAACUCCUCGUUGGUAACAAGUUUAUAAUACCAAUAAGGCACCCGCGGGUCUGUGGUAUAUGACGCAACUCCUCGUUGGUAACAAGUUUAUAAUACCAAUAAGGCACCCUCGGGCCUGUGGUAUAUGACGCAACUCCUCGUUGGUAACAAGUUUAUAAUACCAAUAAGGCACCCGCGGGUCUGUGGUAUAUGACGCAACUCCUCGUUGGUAACAAGUUUAUAAUACCAAUAAGGCACCCUCGGGCCUGUGGUAUAUGACGCAACUCCUCGUUGGUAACAAGUUUAUAAUACCAAUAAGGCACCCUCGGGCCUGUGGUAUAUGACGCAACUCCUCGUUGCGUCGUGCUUUAAAACAGCCCAUAGCCAUGUAAUAUUGGCCAUAUACCACACCUCCUCAGGCCGUAUUGCUUAACUAUAACUUAUAGAUAGAUGCCUCAUGAGCUUUCUUCAACUGACGGAAACCAAGAAUAUGAGCUUGUUUUACUCCUUUGUUUGUGAACAAUGCAAAUGUAAACAAACACUGUCCCCUAUUAGAACAUGAGUAACAAAAAAAAAAGUAAAGUAUGGUGCAGUUAUUAAUUACACUUUGGAUGGUGUAUCAAUACACCCAGUCACUACAAAGAUACAGGUUAUCAUGUUAUCAUGAGGACAAUGGGGAUUUUAAAACAGUGGCUGUGAUAGAAGAAAACUGAGGAUGGAUCAACAAGGUAGUUACUCCACAAUACUAACCUAAAUGACAGAGUGAAAAGAAGGAAGCCUGAACAGAAUAAAAACAUACCAAAACAUGCAUCCUGUUUGCAAUAAGGAACUAAAGUAAUACUGCAAAAAAAAGGGAAAUAAAAUAUGUUUUUGUCCUGAAUACAAAGAGGUAUGUUUUGGGCAAAUCCAACACGACACAUCACUGAGUACCACUCUUCAUACUUUCAAGCAUGGUGGUGGCUGCAUCAUGUUAUGGGUCUGCUUGUAAACGUCAAUGACUAGGGAGUUUUUUAAAUAAAAAGAAACAGAAUAGAGCAAAGCACAGACAAAAUCCUAGAGGAAAACAUGGUUAAAUCGACAUGAGAAUCUACGGUAAGACUUGAAAAUGGCUGUCUAGCACUAUAUGGUACCAUCCAGGUGUGCAAAGCUCUUAAAGACAUGAGAAACAUGAGCAAUGGGCCAAGAAACACGAGCAAUGGACUUUAGACCAGUGGAAAUCUAAACCAUUUAACAAUCAAUGUUAUGUUUGGAGUAUCUGUUAUAAGUACUGUAUCUAAGAAAGUGAAUUUAAGUAGGACCCUCCGGUUAGUCUCUUCAUAUCAUCGUCUACCACACUGCUUUCAUCACAACUCUGGGAUCAUCGACACGGCCGACUAGCUGUCCUCAGAAGUCCACUCUUCCAGAACGAGUCAAAGAAAAACAGACAACUAAGAAGGAAAUUGUGACCUUUUGUGGACUAUCGGAGACUUACACCUGAGAACGAAGGAGAAGGCCACCCGAAAUAAGGCCCAAUUGAACCCUCCUCACCAAGCGGAACCCACGAAGGCCUGGGUCCAACAGAGAUCCCCGACGAUCCCUGGAAGUAAAUACAUGUAUUACUUCUUACCCGUAAGAGGGCCAGUUCGGGGCAAGGUAUUAGGGUUACUGUAAGUGUAGUUCCCAAAUGUAUCCAAGUGUUGCUUCUCUCUCUCUUUAACUCUACAUCUGGUGUAACAAGUAUCAUAGUGUUAGUCUGCUUGGGACUUGUCGUUGUAUUAAGUUUCUAAUCAAUAACCUAUACCGUGUGUGUGUAUCCUAUGUUAUAAUUGAGUUUGUUAGUAAAUAAAUAAUCAAAUCAA